UUCCUAGCAACCGGCGCAGCUGCUACGUCACGGUGGCAGGUUCUAAGCGCUGCCGGGCACCGUAGGGCCGCCGUGUGUAUCUUCCAGCAUCUGCGGGCUGGUGGAAGCGCUGCUCACAGUCAGUGUCCGUACGUCUUCGUCCGCCAUUACCCUCCUUAUCCUGCUCCAGGUAGCGGACAGCCGCCUCCCGCCGCGCACCCUCCACUGAGGCCCGGGUCAGAGACUAGGGGCCGCCCGGCCCGCCCCUGCGCGGCCCUUUCCCCUGAGCCCGCGGAGCCCGCCGCCCCGGGCCUCGGGGGAACGAUGCUGGAGUCCAUUCGCGUGACGGAAAAGCUUCACUGGCCUGAGCAAGAACUUGCUAAGAAGUCUGUUCUAAAUGCAGAAGAUUCAUUGAUCAUUGACAGCAAAAGAAGCAUUUCACAUUUAUCCUCGGGAGUGCUAAAAGACAUUUUCACAACUGGAACCAGUAGUUACAAUGUCCUACUACAGAGCAAGGAGGAAAAAAAGUAUCACUCACAAAAACAGUCUUCCUCCACCUACUCCAAAAGAUGUAGAAAACCCAGCAAAUCUCCUAACACUUCUCGUAGCAAAGAUCCUCGCAGGAUGAAAGCCCUGGUGCCUGUGACAAGCAGUGGUACUUGGUACUGCCUGGAAAGGCGGCCUGCUGUUUUUGUCACUAGUUCAGUGUCGAGUCCUGUAAAGUUUACACAUGAUAUCUCUGUUACAGGGAAUGGUAUAGUACUGCCACCUAAACCCAAAAGCAAGGGCAAGUGGUGCCAUUUCUCCACUCUUCCAAAGACAAAGCCACAGCCUCAGCUGUCUAGAAGCUUUGAAAAGGGAGAUGACUUUUCUGGGAAGAAAUUUUGUAUAUUGACUGCUAUAAAACCCAUCAACUUAGAGAAAGAAAAACUGAGAUUCUUCAAAUCUGACUAUACCUACAAUCCUCAGUUUGAGUAUGCCAAUCCUGCUCUGCCAAGCGUAUUAGCUAAGCACAGCCACGCAUCUGACCGAUUUCUUAAGCAGUCUAUCAAUAUUAUGGAACUGACUUUACAAAAAUACGGAAGUUAUGAAAAAUUCGAACAAGCCACUGGUGGUAGCUUGCUCUCUAAAACUCGAAUCUGGAGUCACGUUAGGAAGUACAUGAUGAAGGAAGGCUGCCUAGGGGAGAUUGUAGUUCAUCUCACUGAGGACCUGCUUUCCCGAGCGUCAAUGACAGUAGUAAAUGGAUGUCCAACUCUGACUAUCAAUGUGUGCACUGCACGUGAGCAUUGGCUGGAGGGAAUGCUGAGGCAUGAAAUAGGUACACAUUAUUUUCGAGGUAUUAACAACCUCCAGCAGCCAUGGAACAGUUGGACUGGACGUAAAAAACAUGAGCUGAAGCCAAAUAAUCCCACAGAGGAAGGACUAGCAAGCAUUCACAGUGUUCUGUUUAGAAAAGACCCCUUUUUGUGGCGGGCUGCCCUCCUCUACUACACUGUUUAUCGAGCCAGCCAAAUGUCUUUUUGUGAACUCUUCAGAGAUAUUGGCAGGUUUGUCAAGGACCCCAAUACAAGAUGGGAUUAUUGUGUACGGGCCAAGAGGGGAUGGACUGAUACUUCCCAACCAGGGUGUUUUAGUAAAGACCAGGUAUACUUGGAUGGAAUUCUUCAAAUCCUUCGAUACAGAGAUACCAUAGACUUCCAUCUGCUUACUGCCCUCGGGAAGGUUUCUUAUGAAGAUGUGGAUCGCUUAAAAGGAUUGGCAGUUACCGAAAACAUGAGGGUCCCUCACUUCCUGCAGGACCAUGGCCGAUAUAUGGAACACUUAGAGAAGAUCAUGGAAGUGAAUGAACUGACUGACAGGGAACUGAAAGAUCUUAUAUAGUAAUUAGCGUUCUGGCAAACAUAGCUAAGCUAUGCCUCCAUGUAUAUUACCAGUUAGGUGCAGUUAGCACCAGAAGAUUUAUAAAAGAAGAAUGACUACUUGUGUUUUCUAAAGAAGGGUCUUCAGUAUUCAGCGGAAUUUUUAGGUUAAGUACAAAUCUUAAACUAUUUCCCUAAAAUGUUUCUAUAGGCUGCAGGGGGAAGUUACUCCUAUUUUCUGAAUCUCGACAGGGUCAGAUGAAAAUACUACUGCUGAGCAUUUUUGAAGACUCUUGGUCAAAUUGCAUGAUAAAUUUCUGCCUGAGCAGUAAGCACCGGCCUAGUGCUUCUGCCUAAAUAUGGAGGUCAGCUCCAACUGGAGACUGGCUGAAUUCCAUUGCUGUUCAGAAUCCAAAGUUAUAUUUUAUUUGAUAAAUAAUGGUAAUUAUUCUCCUUUGAAAAAUUAGUUUUGUGUUACUCCAAAAAGCUAGCUAUAUCUAAGCUUCCUUAUUUUUUUUAUAUGUUAAGGAAAUUUAAAGGGAGAGGAAAAGCAAUUUGAAAAUUUUUCAUUAAGUGUUUUAUUUUAACAUUAUUAUUUCACCUUAUCAGCUUAUAGGAACUAAAUUAGAGAAUCACCUCUUUUUGUCCACUUAUCUCUUAACUACAUUUUCAUUUGCUGAAACAUAUUGUACCCUUUUAAAUUUUUUACAGAGUUUUAACGUCUUUUCCACUGCGUCCUUUAUAAAAAUGAUAAGUACAAAUUCCAGAGAGGUUUUCCUACACAAAUAAAAAUAACUGGGGAAGGGCUACUCACCUUUUUUAUUAAACAGAACGUGUAACAAGCAGAGGACAAAUAGACUGACCUGGUUAAAUGUAGGCUCUGGAUGUUGACUGGGUAGCACCUAUAGUAAACUUGACCAUGCUCUGAAAAAUGAAAUUUCUGGGUAUUGAUGGUUUAUAAAGCCAGCUUUGUGCUAUUCAUUCAGUAUAUUUUAUCAAAUCUUUGACUUCAUCAACCCAGUAAUGACAUAGUUUAAAUUUAAAAAUGAGAGUUCUGUUUUGCUAUAUUUUUCCUGCUAACCUACCUUUGUAUUUUAUCAGCUUCAGUAUAUACUUGGAUAUAUAUACCUGGAUUCAAAUGGUUCUUCAUACAACUUAAUGAUCAGAAAGAAUGCUGCUGUAAACACCCCACUCAAGAUUGCUGCUGUAAUUUCUACCCAAAGCUGUCUGAGAGUUUAUCUUUACCUCAGUGCAGGUUAAAAUAAUGGUGCUAAUACUGGUAGAUAUAUACUGUGAAGCCUGGUUCACAUUCAUGCUAGAAAAUGAUUUUGGGAAAUCUUUUGCAGGAGAGGUUAUGUGAUUUUUCUCUUCCACAUAUCUAGAAGGACUUGCCUCAAAGAAGAAUGUUGCAGCAAACAGGAUAUACUCUAGCCGGUGCCCAAAGGUUCUUGCAAAACUAUGAAUCUUGCUUUUAGCACUAGAGGGCCAGACACUCUGGAGCAUUGACAGGCCUUAGCCCCUGCUCCCCAACUACGUGCCAUGCUGGGUAGUGUGUGUCCUGUAUAUCUGUGUGCCAGGCUGGGGCAGACUGUGCCAAUGCUCACCAAACACUAGAAUCUGCUCUUACACCUCUAGCAUGUAUCUCCUUGUAGCAGAAUCAUGCACUUUCUCAGCAUUGUGUAGUGUUUUCUAAUUUCAUCUUAAAACUUAUCAAAAGUGAUUGUGAAAACAGUGUCUAGAAUUAUAAACAGAAAUGGCAAUAUUUAUGUCCUGUGAUUCAAGCCCAAAGGUUAUAAAUUCAGCUUUCACAGGGAAUAGCACUGCUAAUCUUACUUUAUGGUUUAAAUAUAAAGGAAAAUCACAGCAGCCUUAAUUUCCUAUUGGUAGGAUCAUUGUAGUGGUUCUAGUUCCUGAGUUUUAAAAUGGAUGAAUAUUUUCUCUUUGUCUGAUUUGGAAAAGGAACUGCUUUUUUGCCUUACUGCUUUGGUAUAAAGAUGAAAAACAUGAGCACUCUGCAGACAAAAUGACCUUAAAUCACAUUGAUAAAGAUAUUUUAAAAGUUAGCAGUGAACCAAAAGUAGUUACAGAUUAGCAGAAAUAAAGAGCUUUAAGCUUUAAAAGUUGAGAUUAAAUAUUUAAUGAAAGUUUAUUAAUUCUUUUUCCAAAAAUAGCAGUAAGGUCAGUUUUUUCCCUAAAAUAAAAAGUUUUAAUAAACUGAAAAUUAUAGCAUCAGUACUUAGGAGAAUAGUUGAAGAUUGUAUUAAUUUUAAUUACAAUAGUUAUUUGUCAUAGGCUAUUGAUGAUUAGAAUUUCAUUAGUUUUGUCCACUGUAAUUUUAAAAAUAGUUGUAUCAGAUACAAAUACUGAUAAACUGUUAGGUUUUAACACCAGACAGGAUUCAAAGGAAAUUAAUGUUUGCAAACAUAAAUCCAUAGUCUUCAUUUCUUUAUAUUUUCACCUUUGUAAAAGUGUUUAAAGUUUGUAUUGUUUGUUUUGUAUAUCUUUGGGCAUUUUUUGUCUAGCUAUAAUAAAAAGAAAUAGUGCCAAGGUUCUCAGAUGAAGUGUGUGACAAUAUAUGCAUGUAACUUGUUUUCUUUGAAAACCCAAUUAUAUUUGUAUUGUGGUGUUUCUUGCUUUUU